CACUGCAAACCCAGUUUGGGUUCAUUUUGGAAAGAUGUGAUUUUGAUGAGUAAAAGGGAAGAAAGAAGUGGCAGCCACGAUUGAGGAAAAGAAAGCAUCAAAGGGAAGCUGUAAAUUAGCUAAAGUAAAUGGAUGGAGGCCAUGGGUGGGGAUCGGGAGCAGGACUUUGUCAACCAUGACGUGACGAUGAUUCCUGUUAUCCUUAAAAGCCCAUCAACCUUGGGCCACCAUUCGAUCUUCCUGACUCAUCGGAGAAAAGAUUAAGAAGGUUAAUCUUUGCGCUUUGUUCUUUUUAGCAUCCUUCUCGUAAGAACACAUAUCCAAAUCCUUCAAUUUGUUUGGGUUUUCAAUUUUAUCCCACUUUGAUUUCCUUGCAAUUUCUGCGGAUGAACUAUGAAUCUUAGGAUUAUGAGGGUUUCUCUGUUUAUGUCGUCCCUAAUCACUUGAUUGUUCUUAUUCUGUGGAGAAUCCUUUUUCCACCCAUUUUCAUUCUUUUUCGCCCACCCACAAAGGAUUCCGGGUUUAUUUAUUUAUUUAUUUAUUUAUUUACUUUCCAUUUAUUCUUGUUCGUAUUAAUGGGGAAUGUGAACGGGAGAGAAGAUGAGGACGCUAAUCCAUCUGGGGUUGAAGAAGAAGAUGAAGAAGUCGGUAGCCGACGGAGGAGUUUGCCGGACGGCCUGGCUGCGCCUCCUGAUGCUCACCUUGACUACCUCACUGGCGAUCCGCCUACAGAGCUGAUGGGUCAUUCUCCUCCUCGUAGCCCUCGCGCCAUUCCAUCUCCAUUGAUGUUUACUCCCCAAGUACCGGUUGUUCCACUGCCAAGACCUGAUGAGUUGCCCAAUUCAAGCGAGUCCUGGAUGAAUAACAGUUCGUUGUUUGACGACGUGAGCAGUGAACAAGGAAUCCCAACGAUGAUUACCUGGAGUCAUGGAGGCAAGGAAGUAGCUGUUGAGGGAUCUUGGGACAACUGGAAAUCGAAAAUACCGUUGCAGAGAUCUGGGAAGGACUUCACGAUUAUGAAGGUAUUGUCUUCUGGUGUUUACCAGUAUAGGUUUAUUGCUGAUGGACAAUGGAGAUAUGCUCCUGACUUGCCUUGGGCCCAAGAUGAUGCAGGCAAUGCUUACAAUAUCUUGGACUUGCAGGACUAUGUCCCAGAAGACAUCGAAAGCAUUUCCAGCUUUGAACCUCCUCCGUCCCCAGAGUCAAGUUACAGCAGUUUGCAGCUUGGAUCUGAAGAUUUUUCAAAGGAGCCACCACUGGCUCCUCCCCACUUGAAAACCACACUGCUCGACAUGCCCUCCCCAUACAAUGAAAUCUUACCUCCUAUAUCAAGACCUCAGCAUGUUGUGCUGAAUCAUCUUUACAUGCAGAAGGAAAGGGGUGGCCCCUCCGUCGUCGCACUCGGGAUGACUCACCGGUUCCUUGCCAAGUACGUAACCGUCGUGCUCUAUAAAUCCUUGCAGAGACAACGUUAGAAUAGGCAUCCUGUGUAAUCAAAUUCACAAUCUAAACCCAUUUUUCCUUACUGUAGCUUUAUAUGGUGUCGAUGCCAUUUCGUUUAAACACUUCUAAAUCAACCAGGAAGUCUGAGUGGAUCGUUCUUCAAGAUUGUACCUUACAUAAUACCAUCUCUCUUUUUAUCUAACAUGCAUUUUAACCAGUUGCUAAAA